UCUCCGGUCCCUUAAUUGUACUAUUUAAGCCUCGCUGAGUACUUUGUUUACGGUCCCUAGUGCCGGGCUGCGUCUCCCUCUGGCUUGCAGGGCUGGCAGCUGUCUCAGUCUCAUUCUGGCGGAGAAAGAGGAAAUCCCUGCUUGACCUGUCAUUUUCCUGAUCCCACCGCUAUGACAGGCUCUUUCUUUCUCAGAAGUUAAAGGAAGACACGCAACUCUGACUGAUUCUUCCCUCUAACGUCAGAGGUUUCCCUGGGAAUGGGCAGCCUCUCCUCAAGAGUUUCCACCCUGGUGAGAUCCUCGAGCUCUAGGCUGUGAACCCAGCUAGGAAAACCACUGUAAACAUGACUGAAGAGCCUGCCAAAGAGAGCCCGGGAGCCCCGAAAUCCGUCACACCAGUGCCAAUGGAGAAAACCCCCCAAAACGAAGUGGUGGUCACCACAGUUCCUCUGGUCAGCGAGGGUCAGCUGAUGGCUGCAACAGGGGGCGCAGAGCUCUCCUGCUAUCGCUGCGUCAUCCCCUUCGCCGUGGUGGUCUUCAUCACUGGGAUAGUGGUCACCGCGGUGGCUUACAGCUUCAAUUCCCACGGCUCCAUUAUCUCCAUCCUGGGCCUGGUUCUUCUCUCCUUGGGACUCUUCCUGUUAGCCUCCAGUGCCUUGUGCUGGAAGGUGAGACAAAGGGGCAAGAUAGCCAAGCGAAGAGAGAGUCAGACGGCUCUGGUGGUCAAUCAGAGAAGCUUGUUCGCUUAAGACAGAAGGAGACCAAAUGGGACGUGGGGCCUGAAAUCACCUGCUCUGACUUGCUUGGCCCAUUCAUUCAUCCUGGGCCUGGUUCUUCUCUCCUUGGAACCAUCCAGGGAGGGAAUGGCCCUGGCUUUGGGGCAGACUAGAAAAACAGAGGUGGGUGAAGCAGGAGGCUCCAUGGAGUCUUUGUUUGUGAGGAGUGACCUGUUUCCUUUAAUGUCUUCUUUGUGAAUGACUUCUUUAAUGACAAACUUAUUCCUAAGGGCUAUUUACUAAGAUGGAAGAAACAGCUUUCUCUUUGCGUUGAACACUUUGGUGGGAGGCACAGGCGAUACACAGCACUAGACAGCCUUUGGUUCCCUUGGAAAGCAGUCAAGGAAGGAUGAGAAAAUAAUGAGAGAGCGCUGGCACGGCAAACUGGGUGUCCUGGAGCGAUGAUUCACACUCCUUAAGACACUGUAAAUGAGAGAAAGGUCUACGUCGCCUUGGACUUCACAUCCACAUAGCACAUUCUGUGACAAUGUUUUUUCCAUAUGUUGGUUCUUUGGUGUUUCAUUUUUCACUCUCAGUAAGUCAUCACUGGUGGUACUUUACCUUGCAAAAUAAACUAAUAUUUUUUUAUAUUGUAACAUUGGACAGUUGUAGGUGAUUACAAGGAUGGAUCAGAAGUAAAAUAAAAAGUAUAGCUACUAGAUGAUGUGGGGGGUUAAAUUAAUAUUAAAAUAAUCCUGUAUAGCACUUUUGAUGAUUUUUAUAUAAAAAUUCAAUGUACAUCUUAUGCAGAAUAAUAAAUACUCAUUGCUGCUGAAAUUUUAAAAA